AUGGAUCCUGAGGAAUUGGGCGAUCAAGAGAUUCUUGAUUUAGAGAAAAAUUUUACCCAGUCACAGCCUGAUGUUGUUAAUAAAAUACAAUACCCUACUAAGUUUCCUUAUUCAGGAGUUGAUAGGUAUUACUAUCCGAGACCAACUCCCCAAGAUAUGCUUUAUGGGGAAUCUGGUUUCCAGAAACAAAUGUCUUAUAGUGGCAGAACCAUUUAUGAAUGGAACAUAGAUGGUAUGACUGAAUAUCAAAUUUUUGCAGUUGUACAUCAAAUGUUGAUGUAUAGCACUAUUUGUGUUAAUAAUGACAAUGAUGAUCAAAAAGUGGCUGGCUGGAUAACAGUUGGUUUUAUUGGUAUGAUCAAAGGUUGGUGGGAUAAUGUCUUAACAGCAAACCAACGAUCAGAAAUUUUAAAUGCUGUAAAAAUUAAGGAAAAUGGUGAACAAGAUGUGUUCCUUGCAAAGGUAAUGCAAAGAACCGAUGCUAAUAGUGAGCAUUGGAAAUCCAAGUUUGUUGAUGGCUUACCUUAUUUCUUUGCAGAGAAAAUAAGGAAGAAGAUGAUAGAUCAAAAUAAUGGUUUAACCAUCAAUUAUGAUAAUUAUACUUAUGGGCAAAUAAUUGCCAUUAUUAUCCAAGAAGGAUUAACUUUGUGUAAUGAUAUUAAAUUACACAACCAACUAAAGAAACAAAACUUGACUGGUAAACAAGAGGUAGGUCAAUUUUGUGAUCAAUUUGGGUAUGACAUGACUCAAUACCCAAAACCGACUAAAAAUAAAAAGAAAAGUAGUAAUAAAACUACUAAGCAAUAUUCUAAAAUAAAAACCCAUAAGAGUAAGAAGACUUCUAAGCAAUCUGGCUCUAAGAAGUCUACAUCAGACAAUAACACAAAGGGUAGAUCCCAAAAGAAGACCACAACAAAAUGUUUUAAAUGUGAUAAAAUAGGACACUAUGCUAACAAGUGCAAAACCAAAAAGAAGCUUAAUGAGCUUCAGAUUGAUGAAGGGUUAAAACAACAACUCUUUAAGUUAUUAUUAAAUUCUAGUGAUUCUGAGUCACAGGACGACUCAGAAGGUCAGAUAAAUGAAGUAUCUGAUCAGGACCAGGGGGAAGACACUUCUUCUACUUCUGAAGAACAGGAUUCUAAUAAUUGUAGAUGUAAUAGUGUUGAAUGUUCAACCUCUGAUAAUCAUUGGAAGGCUAUUGUUGAAAUGAAUGGCCUUAGUAUCAAUGUUCUCACCGAUAAGCAACAAGGCAUAUUGGAUAUUAAUGAUGAAAUUGAUGAUCCACAGUUAAAGAUAAAGAUCAUUGAGACUUGUAUCUCUUCUAAUAUUGAAGAAGAAAGAGAACAACCUCUUAUGCCCAAUAAGACUUAUAGUCUGUAG